AUGGGUUUUGAUUCCAAAAAGUCAAAAACUUACUCAGACCAUGUGGAGGCCGAACCGGCGCCGCCUCCAGCUUAUACUCCUUGGGGCACAGACUCAGUCGACCAACCUGCCCAGCAAGAAUCGUCCCGAUCGGUGCCUCCGCAGGCAGAGUACAUGCAGCAGAAUUGUGCUCAGCCUGUGCAAUACCCGAAUCAGCCAACAUAUCCACCACAACAAUGGAAUGGGCCUACGCCGUACACACCACCCAACACCUACCAAGAUCGAUAUCAGAACAGGUACCAGAAUCAGUAUGAGAGCGGACGAUACCAAAAGUAUCAGGACCGAUACCAAAACGGACAGUACCAGCAGUACCAGGACCGAUAUCAGAAUGGACAAUACCAGCAAUAUCAGCAGCAAUACCAGGAUUUCCCAUAUCAACAAUACAUCCCGCCAGCUUAUUCCCAGCAAGGUCAAUAUCAUUCUCAACCACAGCCGCCACUGCAACGACCACCCAUACAGGGACUGAAACCAUGCGUUAUCCCUCGUAAGAAUACCCCCAACAGACAUACAACCCGAUCUAGCACUGACACCCAAGUAGAGAUAACAAAAGUGUUUGGUGGAUCCUACAUGAGUCCCUUCGUCCGCAUUCGCGUCCCGGAACUAGAACAACAAUCCCCUCUGUCCCCUGCCGAGCUCAUGGCCUUUAUCGACGGUCUGAACGAAGCGUUCCUUGGGAACCCAGCCCUCCAAGCCACGAAUGCCGUUGGAAGUAUCGUUGGCCUUGUUCCCCUGGGAACAGCGCAGUUGGUCGGCGCAGGACUCAACGUUGGUGCCGGGCUCGCAACAGCCGGUGUAUCCAUCGCACGCACAAAAAGUUACCUGAAGGCAGCCAACGAGAGAAUCUUCAAACCCAAGGGUCUUCAUGUGCAGAUUAGCAAGACCGAUAAAAUGCUCUCACAGAUCGGCAUGCCGAAUGAUGGCGCGGUUUUCGCCCGUCGUCAAUACCGAGGCAUUAUGGAUGGACAGACUCCAGACGAUAAUCCUAUUGCGCAGCGUAUGACUGUGCUCGGUGAUCGGGUCAUGCGUCUUUCGUUCGAGAAUGUGGCUGCGCCCGUAUCACCGGAUAAUUGGAUGAAGAAGGUGGGCUCAUUUGCAGCGCAACGGGCGGAACAGAAGCAGUUGCGAAAGUUGGGGAAGAAGCAAGCUAGGAUGGAUAGAAGGUCCUCCAAGUCUGAUCGGAAGAUUGGUAAGAUUGAGAGGAAACAGGAGGAGAUUGAGGAUGAGAUUGAUGACCUGAAGGGGGAGAUGGAUGAUCUUAUGGUUCAGAUUCAGAGCCUGGGUCCUGAGCAGCGAGGAAAUGAGAAGAUGCGCAGGGAGCUGAAGAAGGAUUUGAGGGAUUUGAAGAAGGAUUUGCGGGAUGCAGAGGAAAAGUAUGAGGAUCUGAUGGAGAAGGCUGAUAAGAAGGAUCGGAGGGAUGAGAAGCAUGGCAGAAGACAGAUGAAAGAGGCAAAGAAGGUGAAUAAGAUGCUGUGGAUUGUUAUUUUGCCUGAUGUGGGGAGUCAUGCUGGUGACGAUGAUUGGGAUUCUGAUUCGGAUGGUUCACGAAGCUUGAAAAAAGAGUGA